GGAAACUAGCGGGUUCGAUCAAUUGUGCGAGCAGAUGAAAGCCAUGCAGGAACAGAUUACGGCUUUGACGGCUGCCGUUCAUACGCUGACUCACGGCGCGGCUGUUCCGACGUCAUUAUCGCGACCGGACCAGACCUGUUCAUCUAUUUCCUCGCAGAGACCGUUUCGGCGGGUCUCAUCGGCGAGGGAGCUGACCUUCCAAGGUCCUACGACAUCUGCGUUUAGUUUUGAUCUUGCGAAAUCGAGUCUUCAGCGGCGUGGGAUCGUCGAGCGCAAUGAUGCUGGUGAGGAUGGGGAUCUGACCCAGGAACCGUCGCCUAUGCCAUCACCGCCCUCACCGACUCAGGUGUCGCAUGCACGACGGGGUGACCCGUUGUGGUCUAUUGGAAAAGACGAAGCUCUUCGAUUGUGUAGGGUGUAUGAGGAGGAGAUGGGUAUUAUGUACCCUGUCUUGGACCUGCAGCAGCUCCUCAACCAGGUCGAGAUUCUUUAUGGUCAGGUGGGAAUAGAAGCCUGGUCAGAAGCUUCUGUACAGCAUCACGGUCACACGAAGCUGGAGAAUUACGACGUCCAUAUUCUCAGAUUGGUUCUUGCAUGUGCAAUAACGGCCGAGGCAAGCGGAAACAGCGAUCUCGCGAUGAGGCUGUUCGAGGAUGUACAGGAGGUGGCAGACAAUUGUGUAUGGGGGCCUCCAGACAUUAGAGGUAUCAUGUUCCUGACGUUGGUGGUAAGUCCUGCUUUACUAUUGUUCCUUGCGUAACCUGACAUAAUCACAUAGUCGAUAUUCU